AUGCAGCUUCACCGGGACACAACAGUGUCGCAGCUCACCGUUACACCGGUCGUUUCGGACGGCCGCCUCUACCACGAGGACUCCCCACUCGUCAGGGCGGCGCAAUUUGGCCGUGCCCUGGUGCUGGAUGAGGCCGACAAGGCGCCUCUGGAGGUCGUGGUGAUCCUCAAGUCCCUGAUUGAGGAUGGCCAGCUUGCACUCCCGGACGGACGAAGGCUCGCUACUGCCACAGAGGCCACAGCUGGCGAGGGCGGCUCCACGACGCUGCAGGUUCAUCCGGAGUUCCGAAUGUUUGUCCUCGCCAACCGCCCGGGCUUUCCCUUCCUGGGCAACGACCUGCUGCGCGAGGCAGACGUGUUCUCGGUCUUCUGCCUGGACAAUCCAGAUGCCACAUCGGAGCUGCAGUUGGCGAGGGCAGUAGGCCCCAACGUGCCCGACGGCCUGCUCCGCACGCUGGUCGCCCUCUUUGCAGACCUCCGCUUGGCCUUGGAGGAUGGCCGGUUACAGUAUCCCUACAGCGCGCGGGAGCUAUUGGCGGUCAUCCGACAUCUGGAGCGCUUCCACAACGAGCCACUGGAAGAGGCCUUGAGCUCUGUCCUGGCCUUCGACCGCUUCGAUGCCUCCCUUCGGGAGGCUCUGCGGCCGAUCCUCGAGCGCCGGGGGGUCUCGAGCCUGGCAGUCCUAGGACCAGCAAGCGGCGAUGGUGGUCCUGCCCCGACGCCUGCACAGCCAUGGCUGCGCGCCCUGGAGGUGCUGCGUUCCGCACGACUGGCACGCUCGCAGCGGUUGUUGAAGGAGCCCGCCGGCACUUGGCAGGUCAAGGAGCUGUUGGAGGUCAAGGAUCUACCUCCUCCGACACCAACGGACUACAACGAAGUGAAGCUGCGCCCCGCCAUCCUGGAUCCGGCCAAGGUGGUUCCACUGGCCGAGCUGGCCUUCGACCGCACUGGUGCUUCGUUCGACGAGGGGCUGUGUCGGGCACGCCUCCCGUUGGGUCGCCAUUCUGGCGGCGUAGUCGACGCUGUCGUGGAUGGCUCCACAUUGCACUUGCUCUCCACGGGCCCUUUGUGCAUUUGGUCCGUCGAGGACCCACAAGCCCUGGGUGCCGACGCCGGCCGCUGCUCACUUCUGCAGGUGGGCCCUAGCGCGGACUGGUCCUUGGCCCUGGCGGCACGCGAGGCGACGCUGAGCAAGGUUGCCCAGGGCCCUCGAGGCAUCGUCGUCAAUGGCCGUCCCCUGGCCCUCGGAUGUCCUCAGCUUGCCCGAGUGCAUGGGGCAGACGCGCUGCUGCUGCACUCUCCGCUGGAUGCCCUGGCGCCCCAGCUGCUAAUUGAGCGGCCAUCGGAGCCUGCAAUGCGUACAUACGCCCUGCACGCCCAGCCACUGCAACAUGAUGCGGCCGCCACGAAGCGCAUCCGACCAACAUCCGAAGAGUGCUUCGUGAUGGUGGCGCCAAACUGGGAUGAACAGCAGGCCGACAAGGCGGUCGUUGACGGGCCUUUCCUUGACGAGGUGAAAGCUGAAGCCAUACCGAAGCAACCCGCUUGGCGGCAAAGUACGGCCAGCCCCAUCUUCGCGCCUAUGAACGUGAUGCUCUUCUUCCAGCCAAAGCGUUGGCGAAUAGUUCAAUUGGACCUCGUGCGAGAGCGCACUCGCGAGGUCUGGUUCUUGGAGGCGCUGCCGGAGAGUUUCUCAGGUUUGAGGAGCCGGUGGCUGAGUAGCCCCGGGCCCGUCUCGGUGUCGGCCACUGCCACGGCGUCGGGCGUGGAGUUCCUCCUGACGAUGCCUGGCCUGCGUGGAGAUGGCGGCACACAAACCUUUGCCAGCCUUUAUUUUCCUGCAGCCACGGACCCAAAGGUGGCCGCGGCUGCUCCAAAGCUGCGCCUUGUGGAAUCCUCGCGGGGCGCAGACCCAAAAGGCGGCGUCAUUCCGAUCGCACUGCCCGCUGGACCCGGGCCAGGUGUCUUCGCAGUGCCGUUUGGAAGCGAAGAACCGCUGGCCUUUGCGGCAGCUGAUGAUGAGGAGGCAUCCAACACGGCGGUUGCCCACGUGUUGGAUGGUCUGGCCCAGGAAGAUGGAUCGAAGGGCUGCUGGGCCUACUGCGCCCCUGCGCAGGGGAGUCGCGCGCCCCAAGCGCCUCAAGAGGAGUGGCCGGCAUCUGCCGAGGAUCUCAGCAAAGCAUCUGAGGACCAAAUCAAGGCGCUUGUUGCCACUGCCACACCCGACUUGCCCCUGCCGCGGCACCUGUGGCGAAGCCGCGACGUGGCUUCCCUGGGGGAUGGCGAGCUCCUAAUCCGUGCUCUGUCCUCCCCGGAGGGCCACGAAGACUGGUUGGAGUUCGUCCAUCUUCCCACAAGGACUUUGCGCCAGCUUCCGGCUUGGCAGCCAAAGGAUGCUGCCAGUCCUGAAUCUGGUCCCGUGGCGGUUGCGCGGCUGCUGCCGUGGAUUGGUGCAUCCCUUCCGGGAGAAGACGCCGCCGACACCCAAACCCGGAGCGCUCGCUGCGUAGCGAGCUUCGAGAGCGGUGAAAUCCGGUGGGUGGAGGCGAAUCCGGGCAGCCUGGCUCAGAGCCUCACCGAGCACUUCCAGCGCCAGGGCCUUCGAGGGCUCCUGGAGGAAAAGUUCGACGAGGAGGAGGGGGAGGAUGCGGAAGAUGAUGAAGCGGAAGAGUACGACGACGACAUGGAUGAGGAAGACAUGGAGGAGUUCCAUGCAGCGGAGGAGGAGGGCGACGGUGAAGACGAAGGUGAGGACGCAGACGCAGAGUCAGAACUCGAGGGGGAGGAGGAGGAGGACGACGGAGACGAGGGUGGCGAGAUGUCGGACACCGGCGAAGUGUCUGGCAUGCAGAUGCCUUCCAAUCGAUCUGCCAGGCGAAAGGGUGGGCGCUCACAACGGGGGCGUGGAAUGCCUGGACGCGGUGCGCCUGGUCGCGCGGGUGCUGGCCGUGCAGGCCGCGCAGGCCGCGCUGGCGCUGGUCGUGCAGGCCGCGCUGGCAGCACUGGUGGAAGCGCUGGCGGUCGUGCCGGCGCGGGAACGCGCAUGUCGGUUGGCAAGCCGGCGGCCCGACCUGGUGGCCGGAACGGCCAAGCCGGUCGUGAGCCCGCAGGCAGUGUUGGCGGCGCUGGCCGAGUUGGGGGCCGAACAGACGGCCAAGCGCUUGGAAGGGGUGCGGGCCGUGCAGGCCGUGCAGCACAAGGCUCUCUGUCAGGUGGAAGAGUUCCCGGCCAGGGGCGAGGACGAGGGCGAGGACGAGGGCGAGGGCAAGGGCGAGGGCGAGGCGGUCCUCAGCGCGUCCGCCAGAGGCUACUGCAGCGAGCACUUCGCCAGCGGCGGCAGCAGCAGAAGAUGAGGGAUCUGUCCCUGAGCGGUGGGCGCGAAGAGCUCAGUGGCAGAGGGCAGGCCAAGGACGUCUCGAGCCCAAAGCACGGCGAUGAAGAUGACAAGGAGCACAUCGGAGGCAACCGCUGGGCUGGUGGCACCGGUGGGGCUGACACCGCCGGGCUGGGAGGCCGUGGCGGGCCGUACCGUUUGGAGAAGCCCGGCCAGCGAGUGCGGCAAGUCAGUGACGAGGCCAAGGCCCAGGUCUCCGAGGAGGCCAAGGAGGCUGCGCGUCAGUUGGGCGAGGAGGCGCUGAAGCGUCGAUUAGAGGAGAUCCAUCUCAGCGGAGGCGACUACAACUUCUACAGCUCCCUUCUGGGGGCCGUGCAGGGUGAGGUCGAGCGGUUGCGGGCAGUGCUCUCCGGCGCUGCUGCAAGGCAGCGCGAGCGCCACUGGCGACGUGGUUCCGAAGGCGAGCUCGACGAAACCCGCUUAGUCGACGCCUUGGCCGGCGAAUCCAACGUUUUCAGGCGCCGACGCGAGCGCGAACCCCGGCCCGGCGAGCCGCCCAUGCAGCCGAAGCGGGCGCUCUUCCUUUUCGACGCCUCAGCGUCGAUGUAUCGGUUCAAUGGCACGGAUGGUCGGCUGCGCCGGACCUGCGAGACGGCCGUGAUGAUCAUGGAAGCCCUUCAAGGUUUGGAAUCUCGCUUCGACUACUCCUUGUGCUGUCACGAUGGAGACAACCCCUUGCAGGAGCUGGUUCCGUUUGGACAGCCGCCAGCAGAUGAACGAGCGCGUCUCACGGUGGUGUUGAAGCUUGUGGCCGCUGCCCAGUACUGCAGCUCAGGCGACAAUACCUUGGAAGCCAUAGAGAAGGCAGUGGAGAAGGUUGCGACUUCAGGGCCCGCAGACGAUCGUUUCGUCUUUGCCUUCUCAGACGCCAACUUCGACCGCUACGGGCUCACGGCGCAGGCGCUGGCAAAGACCAUGAACGCGCAUGGGCCGGGCAGCGCAGACGAGGUGCGCUGCAUGCUCUUCCUCCUCGCCACCUUCGAGGAUGAGGCCUUGAUCAUGGCCAACUCCUUGCCCGACCAGGUUCGUCUCUGUCUGGACCCGCGGACUUUGCCCUCCGAGCUGCGGCAGGAGUUUGCCAGCCGCAUGGGCCGACGAUCGGCUUUGUAA